AGCGGAAGGCAUUCCGAGGUCAUGUCUUGGUAUAGACCGCGUCGUGAAUCGGGGUGUCGUCAAUCAUUAUAAGAAGCACAACAGUUGCCCUUGAGGAUCUACCUAUCACCUACCUCAACUCCUCAAAUCUCUGGCUCAGAUUCUCGGUCUCGCAUCCAGCAUCGACUCUUGUCGUCACCAUGGUCUCGUUCAAGUCUAUCCUCCUUGCUGCGGCGGCCGUCACUUCUGCCCUCGCUCGCCCCUUCGACUUCCUCGACGAGGGUAACUCGACCGAGGCGCUCGAGAAGCGCCAGGUGACGCCCAACUCGUCGGGUUACCACAAUGGUUACUUCUACUCCUGGUGGUCCGACGGCGGCGGCCAGGUUACCUACACCAUGCUGGAGGGUAGCCGGUACACGGUGAACUGGAGGAACACUGGCAACUUUGUCGGUGGCAAGGGCUGGAACCCCGGUACUGGCCGCACCAUCAACUACGGCGGCUCCUUCAACCCGAGCGGCAACGGCUACCUGGCCGUGUACGGCUGGACGCGCAACCCGCUCGUCGAGUACUACGUGGUGGAGUCAUACGGCACCUUCAACCCCGGCAGCGGCGGCCAGUACAAGGGCACCGUGACGACCGACGGCGGCACCUACAACAUCUACGUGUCGACGCGCUACAACCAGCCGUCCAUCGACGGCACCCGCACCUUCCAGCAGUACUGGUCCGUCCGCCAGUCCAAGCGCGUCGGCGGCUCCGUCACCAUGCAGAACCACUUCAACGCCUGGGCCCGCUACGGCAUGAACCUCGGCCAGCACUACUACCAGAUCGUCGCCACCGAGGGCUACCAGAGCAGCGGCAACUCGGAUAUCUAUGUCCAGACCAGAUAGGGGCUGUACUAGAGUUUGAGGGGUUUCAGAGUACAUAUUUUAUUUCUCAAUCAAACAUUUGGGCGCCCAAGUUGUUCAAUUCAUUCCAUUACAGAGUUCACAGCGGCCAGCAUAACCACCAUGCCCUCCUCAACGUGUGGUGUCCACCGGGCAGUCUUGAUUAAGGAGAACCUGUGAUCAGAAUUCACAACGGCCUGGCCC